UGACUAAAGAAAUCUUAAACAAUGAAUGACUCCGUCGAUAAUGUUACAGAGGAUUGGCACAAAUAUGUGACGUUAGCGCUUAGUGAAGUGCCGUACAGUUCCCAAGUGAUAUUCUCAAUAGCACUGCUCUUCAUUUUCAUCGCGAGUCUUGUUGGCAACGUCCUCACUUGCAUCGUCAUCUACUACGACAAGACAAUGCACACCGUUACAAACUGCUACCUCUUCAACUUGGCUGUGUCUGACCUACUCGUGACGUUUCCUAUUUUAAUAAUUAUCUACCAGCUCCUGACACAAAAGCACGAGCUUUUUCAAUAUAACAAUGGAGUGUUCUCGUGUAACUUCGUGAUGUGCAUACACUUUUUGAUCAUCGGGGUCCUUUGGAACAACAGCAUCUUAGUGAUGACGGCUCUAUCGAUAGAGAGGUACAUAGCAGUGUGCUAUCCGAUGACUUUGAAGCGCACCGGCGUAUGGCAAAGGGUCGGGAAGAUUCUUGGAAUUAUUUGGACGAUCGCAGUCUUGGAGACGGUACCAGAGUUCUGGAUGCUAGAGAUAUUCAACAGUGGAAGUACUAUAAUUUGCUUUUCCACGCCGUCUUGGUUCGGAAGGAUAGUAAUGGCAGUGAGUGCUGUCCUCACGUUCAUAGUACCACUGGCUAUAAUGAUCUUCGUAUAUUCCAGAAUAGCGCUUAGAGUAAACCAUAAUAAUGUGGGACAUUUUGAUGGAGCAGUUUUUAAUAGUGGAUUUAAAAAGAAGAAAGUUAAUAAACUUAUACUUACGCUGACUCUAUCCUUCGUAUUCUGUUGGCUGCCAUGUUUCCUACUAAAAGCGUUGAUGUUUGCAGUCCACUACAAAAAAUUCGCUCAUCUACAUAAGUGGUGGUCAGUAGCGAACAAGAUAGCUAUGUUCAAUAGCUGGUUACCGACGGUAUUGAACCCACUGCUGUUCAGUGCCAUGUCAACUAAAUUUAGGAAAUCUUUCAAGAGGCUUUGCGAGAGAAAACUUAGGAAACGAGGUGUAAGAAGCGAAAAAUGUGAAGCGAGCAGCUGUGAGCGUGAAAAGUCAACAAAAUAUUAUCAAGUUGAGUAAACAUUUAAAAAUUUGGAAUCUCAAACGAUAAACCGACAAGGGGAUGUGACGUAGCACAGUCGGCCAACUUGUACACGUUAGAAUAUAAUAAAAA